UCGAGGGGCUGGAAAUGGUACAGAAAUAGCUGGGAGACAAUGCUGUCAGCUGGCACACGAGCGAGGAACGUGCUACUGUGUGAACAGAAAAACCAGAAUAGGCUGUGGGCGUUGGGGGGGGGGUAUUGUCGCCCCGACCCUGGAGAAGAGGGUGACGGGCCCCUAUGCUCCGUGCCCGCCUGCAGGCGCCCCACUCCAAGGGGGCCGCCAGAGAGACUGAAGCUCGGGGGACGCCACGGUUGGGGGGACUGGAUUCGGAGGGACGCAGGGGGCGGUGGCCGCAGGUGACCUCCUGGAACCUUCAGGCUAGGCCGCCCUCACCCCCUGCAGCUGGCUUGCGGGAACCGCCCCCCGAGACCGCGCCCGGCCCCCGAGAGCCGCCUGUUUCCACGACAACCGGACAAGCCUGGCCCGGGCGGCCCGAGAGACGCCCCGCGUGCGGGCCCAACCGCCUCGGCGCGCGCCCCCCGCCCCGGGGCCUCGCCGCCCAGCCAACCUCCGCGACCCGGAGUCCCGGACGCCACGGAGCGACCCCAGCCGCCGCUUCUCGCGCACCCCUCACUCACCUCCAACGCAGCCCGCCGCCGCCGCGUUCCCGCGCGGCUCCUACCCGCGCCGUUGGCCCGAGCCCGUGUCCCGGACCCGCGCAUGGCGCGACGCCUCCUGCCGGCCGCCCAACGGACGGGGCGGUCCCUCGGGGGCGGGGCAAGGUGGGCGGGGCCUCGAGGGGCGGGGCCGGCGGCGGGAAGACGGGAGCGCGAGCUCCUCUUGCGGCCAACCCGAGACACGGAGCGGACCUCGGGAAGGGGCGGGGCUUCCGAGGGACGAGCUGCUGGCCCAAUGGACGCCGGAUCAUUCCCUCUGGAGGAAGAACAUUCAAGCAACCCUGGAGGGGUCCACGUAGCAAGAAAACCAAUGCCUCCCGUCAAGACAGCACCAACUUGCCACCCGCACGAGCCAUCCUGGAUGUGGGUCCCCCAGCCCCAGGAACCUCCAUGGCUGCCACCCCAACCAACACCCUGACCGCAUCUAUUGAGGGACCCUCAGCCAGAAGUGGCUCAGACAGUAGAGAAUCUGCCUGCAAUGCAGGAGACUUGGGUUCGAUCCCUGUGUUGGGAAGAUCCCCUGGACGAGAAAUUGGCUACCCACCCCGGUGUUCUUGCCUGGAGAAUCCCAUGGACAGAGGAGCCUGGUGGGCUGCAGUCCAUGGGGUCGCAAAGAGUCGGACACGACUGAGGGACUAACACAGCCAGAAUCACCCAGCAAAGCUGCUUCCAAAUUCCCAGCCCUCAGAAACUACCUGAGAUGAGGAAUGUUUACUCCUGACUCAUGCCCCUAAGUUUUGGGGCCAUGGUUAUGCAGCAAUAGAUCAAUAGAUCAAUGAGUGCCCCUUAUCCAGAAAGGCCUCCCUGCCCCCAGACCUGGCUGCACGCCCCUCCUCUGUGCCCCUACAGACUUUUUUUUUUGGCCUUGCCACUCGGCUGGUGGGAUCCUAGUUCCCAACCAGGGAUUGAAUCUGGGCCCUCGGCAGUGAGAGCACGGAGUCCUAACCGCCGGACCCACGGGGGAAUUCCCUCCCACAGACUUUUGUUUUCUACCUUUUUAUUCACCAAGUCCAUGUUAUAUCAAACCACGUUCCUUAAAUGCAAAUCAGAGAUUUCUCCUCCCCGUGCUGCGGUCCUCGAAUCACUUCCCUUCAAGCUUUAAGUCCACGCCCUCCUCCAGGGGGGCCCUGCUGACCGCUCCACCUGCUCUCUCCCUCCACCACGGAGCUCCAGCGACGCCAAGCUUCUGUCUUCAAACACACCAAGCUCACUCCCUCUUCUGAAGCCUUUCCCCUUGCUGCGUCCUCUUCCCCAAACGCUCUUCCUGCUCUGCUGGCACGAUGCCAUCUUUCUCUCCCCGAAACCCAGCUCUGGAACUUCUCCAGUGGUCCAGCGGUUACGACUCCUCACUUCCACUGCAGGGGCCAUGGGUUCGAGCCCUGGUCAGGGAACUAAGACCCCACAUACCACAUGGUGCAGCCAAAGCAAACACAUCUGUCAUAUCCUGACCAUUCUCAUAGUGGUCACCCCCAUGCUCGUUCUCUGCCUCACAACCUGCUUAAUUCAUAGGCCUUUAUCACCAUUUGCUUGUGUAUUGGACACACACUGGGAUUUGAGUUCUGUAAAGGCCAGCUCCUCAGCUGUCUUCUUUACUGCUACACAUGGCACAGAGUAAGUGAAAAAGUGCUGGUCGCUAAGUCACGUCUGACUC